GCUCCGCCCCUUCCCGGUGCGCUCCGCGCGCGGUGAGGUCAUUCUGCGCCUCCACACAGCGGAAGCGGCCCUCCCCGCGCACCCUGAACCCCUGGCGCUCGGCCCCGCCCUCAUCUCGCGCGCGCUCCAGAACUGGCGAUCAGGUGCUUGCCGGCCUGCCCUCCCUGGCCCACAGAAGUGCAGUCCACCUGCAGCCAGGCGUUUAAAAGUGCCUGGUCCCUGCGAGUGAAGUAGGGACAGCCUCACCAUGUGUGAGGGACUGAUGGAGAGGUAUGUGGCUGCCAUGUUGCUGAGUGCAGCUGGAGAUGCCUUGGGGUACUUCAACGGGAAGUGGGAGUUUCUCCGUGAUGGGGAAAAGAUUCACCAGCAGCUGGCCCAGCUUGGUGGUUUGGAUGCCAUAGAUGUGGAGAGGUGGAGAGUUAGCGAUGACACGGUGAUGCACCUGGCCACUGCAGAGGCUCUUGUGGAAGCCGGCAAGGUCUUGGAUUUGGCUCACCUGUAUUCCCUACUUGCUAAGCAUUACCAAGACUGCAUGGAAGACAUGGAUGGCCGCGCACCAGGAGGUGCUUCAGUGCAGAAUGCCUUGCUGCUGAAGCCGGAUGAGGCCAAUGGCUGGAGGAUUCCCUUUAACAGCCAUGAGGGUGGCUGCGGGGCGGCUAUGCGUGCCAUGUGCAUCGGCCUCCGGUUCCCUCACCGCAGCCAGCUGGACACGCUGAUCCAGGUGAGCAUCGAGAGCGGCAGGAUGACCCACCACCACCCUACAGGCUACCUGGGAGCCCUUGUUUCUGCUCUUUUUACAGCCUAUGCUGUGAAUGGCAAGCCUCCCAGGCAAUGGGGAAAAGAACUGAUGGAGGUGCUACCAGAAGCUAAAAAGUACAUUAUCCAAUCAGGCUACUUUUUGGAGAAGAACCUUCAACACUGGUCCUACUUUCAAGACCAAUGGGAAAAAUACCUAAAACUUAGAGGGAUUUUGGAUGGCAAGUCAGCCCCUAUCUUCCCCAAGCCCUUUGAUGUCAAGGAGAGGGAUCAGUUCUAUACCUCCGUAAGCUACUCUGGCUGGGGUGGCAGCAGUGGCCACGACGCCCCCAUGAUUGCCUACGAUGCCAUCUUGGCUGCGGGAGACUCCUGGAAGGAGCUUGCCCACCGAGCCUUUUUCCACGGGGGAGACAGCGAUUCUACUGCUACUAUUGCUGGCUGCUGGUGGGGAGUUAUGUAUGGUCUGAAAGGAGUGAGCCCCUCCAACUAUGAGAAACUGGAAUACAGAAACCGGCUGGAGAAGACAGCCAGGGUUUUGUAUGCUCUGGGCUCAAAGGAGGACACUGUUAUUGCCCUUUAGUGAGAUGUGAUGUCAUCUCUUGUUUUUUCCCUCUUGUGUGGUCCAGUUUCUUUUCACUUUUUCCCAGGUCAAGAGUUUUAACCUUAUACUCCAGGAGUUUUGAGAUGACAUGUCCCUUAAGCACCUGAAGCUCAUUUUUCCAAACUCACCCUAUCCCCCCAAAUCUGUCCCUCUUUCCAUCCUAAAGAAUCCUUAUCUCCAUUGACAGAGUCAGUGUCUCCCCAAGGUAGAAGUCUUCAAGCCUCACACUUGAGUCUUCAUGUUCAUCAUCUAAACUUUGACUAAGUUUUUUCUGUUUGUUUCAGGUUGAGUUCCCCAAAGGUGGACUCUCAGACAAGGAUUUAAAUACAAGUCAUUUAGUGGGGAGGUGACUCCAGGAAGUGAUGAGAAUGGGGAAUUGAGACAAGGAGGGCAGGGAGGCCAGUACGAUGUACAUUACUGAGCACAUUACCACUGAGGGCAUUGGGAGUUAGUCCAUCUGGGUUCUUGGGGUAAGCCAUGGCUCAGAGGAGUUCCAACUGAGGAGCAAGCAAACUAAGGUGUUUAUCCAUCUGACAGUGGUUGAGGACCUCUCCUAGGGAUGCUCACUCCCUGGCACUUCUCAUCCGGCCUCUUGUGCAAGCCACACCCAGCUGUCUUUAGGCAAAGACUCAGCUGCUUGCAGCAGCAUACAGUGCAUUGGAGCAGUGAGGGUGAUAAUGUGGGGUUCCAACAGCAUCUCUGCCAGGUAGUUCUACCUCAGUAUCCUUCAUAUCUACUACCUCUUUUACCUUUCUGCACCAUCCAUCUCUCAGCUGGAUUUCACAGCCCAGGCUACUCAGGUAUGGGAGGUGCCACUCCUAGGCGUGCUCUGUACGUCACUGGCCGUGACACUUCACGUGUUGCCGGUUUCGUUGUCCAUCUGCUUGUCUUUAUUCUCCAGACACAACCUAGCACAGUGUCUGUGAACAUGGGAGGUACUAAAUUCGUAUAUAUGAAGUGAAUGUUGUUAAUUAACCUGCCUGGUGCCUUAACUCCAUUCUUGACUCCCUCCUUGCCCUCCAGAGUUCUCUUUACAAAUAACAGAUCAGUCAUGCUGAACUUCUACUCACAGUCCAGUGAAUGUGCACCCCCUUUCCUCAUUUCUUGAUGCUCUUCCCUCUCCUUUUUCACCUGGUAGAUUCUUACUCAUCCCUCAAGCCCCAGCUCAGGUAGAAGCUUCUAGGUGAAACCUGGUCUGAUUGUUCAGGGACUGGGCCACUUUCUUCUCUUAUGCCCACAGCCCUCUGUCUCCAGCCCUGUCACCACACUGAUCCUGUUGUGUGGUCGUUGGGUGUCUUCUGAGGACAAUCUCAGAUUCCUUGUGAGGAAUUGUUCUCUUUGUGGCCUCCCUGCCUGGCCCACGAGAUACAUUCAGUAAACAUUACUUUGGAAGUUC